CGCUGGAGAAGAAGUCAACCUUCCCGGGAAUGGAACUGGUCCACGUCCUGUGUGCAGCCACAGCGCGGGAAUCAAGGGGUGUGUGUGUAACCCAACCUGACCUCUUGUGAUGGGAACUAACCAACGGUGCCAGGCAGCAGGGUGAGAUGGUGGAGUCAUACCCCAGGAACAUGAUAUGCAGGCAGUUUUUUCUCCUACACAACCGCAAGACAUUACGAGACAACGCGACACACAGUGCAUUCUUCCAUCACAUGUACAGCUGAUUCUCAAGAUCUUGACACUAAUGACACUACUACACUGUCUGAGCCAGGGACUACAUGCUUUCUGUCACUGGCAGCAGAGAACUGGAAGGAGAGGCGGCCAAAGGAAGAAUUGGUUUUGGGGGUGACCAGAGAGAUAUACCUGCUGGAGCACGUGCUACAGCUGCCUGGGGGAUUGGACCAAGGAGGGGUGAUCAAAGGCAAGGACAUUCACUGUCAGUCUUGGCCCUCUCGGCCCGGCCCCGAAAAACCCCCCUGGUGUUGGCAGAUGUUUCGCUUUAGACCCUCCCGAGCAACCCCCGUCCCCAGCUGUUGACCAUCUUCCCCAUUAUUGUCACGGCUCUCGUCGGAAUGAGGAUCGGACCAAAGAGCAGCGUGGUAAGUGUUCAUGAUUUUUAUUGAUCAAAACACUCGAACAAAAUAACAAAGAGAAAAACGAACAGUUCUGUAAGGCAAAAAAACUAUACAGAAAACAAGUACCCACAAAACACAGGUGGGAAAAAGGCUGCCUAAGUAUGAUUCCCAAUCAGAGACAACGACAGACUCUGAUUGGGAACCACACUCGGCAAAAAACUAAGAAAUAGAAAACAUAGAAAUAAAGAAACUAGAAUGCCCACCCUAGUCACACCCUGGCCUAACCAAAAUAGAGAAUAAAAGCCUCUCUAUGGCCAGGGUGUGACAGUACUGUCACGCCCUGGGGGAGGGUCCGGGUGGGCACCUCUUCACGGCGGCGGCUCCGGUGCGGGACGUAGACCCCCCUCCGCCCGCAGCUCCCUUCGCUUUGGUGGCGGCCCUAGUGCAUGGCCCUUCACUGGAGAAACCGGGCCGCAGAUCAUCGCCGGAGGCUCCGGAAUGGGGACCGUCGCUGGAGGCUCCGGAGUGGGGACCGUCGCUGGAGGCUCCGGACUGGGGACCGUCGCUGCAGGCUCCGGACUGGGGACCGUUGCUGGAGGCUCCGGACUGAAGACCGUCGCUGCAGGCUCCGAACUGGGGACCGUCGCUGCAGGCUCCGAACUGGGGACCGUCGCUGGAGGCUCCGGACUGGGGACCGUCGCUGGAGGCUCCGGACUGAAGACCGUCGCUGCAGGCUCCGGACUGGGGACCGUCGCUGGAAGCUCCGAACUGCGGAUCUACGCUGGAGGCUUCGUGCCAUGGAUCCUCACUGGAGGCUCCGUGCCAUGGAUCAUCACUGGAGGCUUCGGGCCAUGGCGGCGCACUGGAGGCAUAGUGCAUAGAGCCAGCGCAGGACACACUGGACCGUGUAGGCACACUGGAGGCAUAGUGCAUAGAGCCAGCGCAGGACAUACUGGACCGUGGAGGCACACUGGAGGCAUAGUGCAUAGAGCCAGCGCAGGACAUACUGGACCGUGGAGGCGCACCGGAGGCAUAGUGCGUAGAGCCAGCGCAGGACACACUGGACCGUGGAGGCGCACCGGAGGCAUAGUGCGUAGAGCCAGCGCAGGACACACUGGACCGUGGAGGCGCACCGGAGGCAUAGUGCGUAGGGCCCUCGUCGGAAUGAGGAUCGGACCAAAGAGCAGCGUGGUUCUGGAUGGCAGGAAGCUUGACCCAGGGAUGUACUGGGCCGUUCGCACUACCCUCUGUAGCGCCUUACUGCCGAGCAGUUGCUAUACCACGCGGUGAUGCAGCUGUAGAACCUUUUGAGGAUCUGGGGACCCAUGCCAAAUCUUUCCAGUCUCCUGAGGGGGGAACAUGUUUUGUUCUACCCUCUUCACGACUGUCUUGAUGCUGUACCUAAACUGAAGAAUCUGUCUCAACGGGAUAGAAUGCGUCGGAUAAUGACCAAACAGUAGUUCCGGUGCUUGGGUUUUCAUCACUGAAUGACUCGAAAUCAUUGGCCACUUUAAUAAAUGGAUCACUAGUCACUUUAAUAAUGCCACUUUAAUAAUGUUUACAUAUCUUACAUUACUCAUCUCAUAUGUAUAUACUGUAUUUUAUACCAUAUAUUGCUUCUGGCUUAUC